GGGAAAUCGAACCUUAUUUUGAUGGUUUACAAUCCCGUAAAAGAUAUGCAAAGUUUUGGGAUGGUGUUAAAUAUGAUCCUGAAGUUAUAAAGUUUCAGAGUACUCAAACAUCGAGAACUGGUGUGUCGAUGAUGGCCUUUUCUGAAGGAUUAUUUAAUGGCAAGGGUCCUUUAGAUACUUGUAAAAGUCAGCCUAUAUACUAUUGGACUGCACCAUUGUCCCAAGAUGAUAUAUUAAAUAUGUUCUACGCCUGUCGGCGUUGGAAUGAGACCGUUUUCACUAAUAAUAAAAUACUUGACGAACAACUCUAUACCUAUGGUAACAAGACACUUGCACCAAUUGCCAAGCGAAUUUCCGAAGCAUUCAAUAUUAGCCCAUAUUUUAAUCCAAUUCUAGUACCACAAAUUUUUAAUAAUUGCCAAUUUUGGCUCACAGUUUUUAAUCGAACUGACGCAUGGUGUUCACUCUUAA